AUGACCGACACCACGGCUGAGCUCAAUGAGCUCUUCGUGGCAUCUUUCCCCAAUGGCUUGCCCAAAGAUAUCCUCACCGAGCUCCAAUCUAUCCUGCGGAUCCAUUUGAUUACUGCGGAAGAGCUCUUCUACAAAUGGGAAUCAUACAGCAUUAAGAUGGGUGACGAGGUGAAAUUGAGUAUGGAGACAGUCCGAGGCUUCAAGCAAGAUGUCCAAGAAGCCCUUGAGCGCGAAAGUCGCGGCAAAAUUGGCCGGCAAACAGAGAAAAGGCCUAUGGUCACGGCGACCCCGCGCGCGGCGGCAGGGACCGAUGUAUUUGGAAUGUUGGACGAGUUGACACCAAACACCGCGAAUGCUCGGACGAUUAAUGGAAAUGGUUCAGUGAAGCGCAAAGCCGAGUUUACCUCUCCUGCCACGCCAAAGGUUGGAAGAAUCGAGAAAGUCGGUACACCAGCUGGUGCGAAGACACCUGGCUCCGUGGCAAACGGCCCAGCGGUAUCAUUCGCCGAGCGCCCCAACCCUGGCCAGACGCUGGAAACACUUAAUGCGCACCUCUCGCUGCCAGAGACACCAAUGGCACCCUUCCCGGAAGCGCGCAUCCGACCAACGGCAAAUACAGAUCUUAAGAAGUUUGGGUACAAGCCAAUGGGAAUGCGACUGUCCGAGGCAUCUGAGAUCCUGGACGACCGAAUUGACGAGUUUGCAGCUAUUUUCCAGAAGCACUACGAUUCCGACGACCUGACUUUCGGCAGCGCUGCUACUCAAAGUACCAGCGAGAUUAUUGCAGUUGGCCGGAUUGCCUCGGACUCUCUGGAAGGGAAGCUCAACCCAGCUUCUUUGGUCUUGGAGACAUCGCGCCGUACUGGUGCUGGAAGACGAGUUCCUCUCAAGGUGGACUCAGUCCCAUCAUUGAGCUUCUUCCCCGGUCAGAUCGUCGCUCUUCGAGGAAUCAAUCCCUCUGGUGACUAUUUCACUGUGAAGGAGAUUCUUCCUAUCCCCCUCUUGCCUCCCGCUGCGUCUUCGGCGGUGACUCUGGAUACUAUUAAUGAACGAUUGGAGAGUGGUGGCAGUUCACCGCUGAAUGUCAUGGUAGCGGCAGGCCCGUACACGUCAGAUGACAAUUUGGACUUUGAGCCUUUGCAGGAGCUCUGCCAGAAGGCCGCAGACAGCUAUGCAGACGCCGUUGUCUUACUGGGUCCCUUCUUGGAUAUCGAACACCCGUUGCUCGCUUCAGGCGACUUUGACCUGCCCGAAAUUAAGGGAGUUGACCCAGACACGAUGACAAUGACCACUGUAUUCCGCCACUGCAUUUCGACGCCUCUCUCACGCCUUGCACAGGCUGUACCCAGUAUCACAAUCGUGGUUAUUCCGUCCGUGCGCGAUAUCAUUAGUCGUCACGUCUCUUGGCCACAAGAACAGCUGCUUAAAAAAGACUUGGGUCUACCGAAGCAAGUCCGCAUGGUCUCCAACCCAGUGACCUUGUCCUUCAACGAAGUCGUCGUGGGCAUGUGCUCCCACGAUGUUCUCUCUGAACUUCGUCGUGAAGAAGUUCUGCACGGUCGACCCGCGGAGGGUAAUCUGCUCACACGUUUGCCCAAAUACCUCGUCGAGCAGCGCCACUUCUUCCCUCUCUUCCCUCCAACCGCCCGCGCCAAUCUUCCCAAAUCCGGUUCAGAUACUGGCCUGGCUACUGGUGCGAUGUUGGACCUGCCCUACUUGAAACUUGGCGAGUGGUGGAAUGUGCGACCUGAUAUUCUGAUCGUCCCUAGUAUGCUGCCGCCCUUUGUCAAGGUUGUCGACAGUGUACUUGUUAUCAACCCCGGCACCCUGUCAAAGCGCCGAGCCGCCGGUUCCUACGCGCAAAUGAGCAUCCACCCACGAAACGUGACAGACGAAGAGCGCGAGUCCAAGCAACUCGAUCAUAAGCUAUACGAGCGGUCCCGUGUUGAUAUCAACCGAAUCUAG